CUGGCGAAGAUUGCAAACAAUGGCGGUAUCUUCAAGAAGUGCCUAUGAACUAAUUGAUCAGUGUUCCAGCCCAGUAGUUAAUCGAUCAUCGAUAACAUCAGUUAAAGUAGGAAAACAUUUUGUUAAUGUUGUCGGUAAUGGAAACACACUAAUAUAUUUUUACAAACAGAAGAAACGCAUGGUCAUAUAUAAGUUGCCAGGGAAACUGCUAUGUUGUUGUAUUGCAAUUAUAAACAAGAAAAAAACAUUAAUUUGUGGAUUAGAAGAUGGAAAAAUAUGUGCAAUCAAUCUGAAGGAUGUAAUCAAACACAAAAAGAGGAAGCAUGUUGUCAAGUCUGAUUCAAGUGAGGACAUAUUUGCUGGACUUCUAGAAUGUGAAACAGCACCCUGUGUGCCAGAAACAAACAGUUCAAACUCAGACGAUGUUCUGGAAUUAGAUGAGAACUCUGUUGUGUUGAAGGUUAAGAACCUUGUCGAAUUAUUAAUUAUUGGGAGUUAUUUAUUCACUGCAUCUACUGAAGGAGAUACAAUAUUAAUAUCACCAUUCCAACUGAAGGCAACACCUGAUGACAUGAAGGAAAAGAAAGACUCAUCCUGUAUAUAUUUUGAAAAAUUACAUGGGUCUGAAAGGAUAUUUAAAUAUCAGAGUUCACCAUCCAUUGAUAUGCAUCAGUGCACAAAGAUGUACUGUGUUGUAUCAGAAACCAUAGCAACUGCUCAUCAAUUUCACAAAGCAGUUGUUAUUAAAGAUGAACUAUUCAAUGAAAUUUUUGGUACGGAAUACAACAUUCUGGAAUCUUGUAUGAUCCUCGUAGGCUUUCCUGAUGGUGCAAUUUUCACUUUGCCGUUUAAAGAUGUCGGCAAUUUUACAAAAGCGCAAGUGUCAACUGGAAAUUGCUUGUAUAAUAUACGGCAGCCAUUAGCUUCAAUUUGUGCAAUAAUAAGGGACAAUACACAUAAACAACAAGUAGGAGAUACUCUGGUACUUUUAGGAAAAGAAGGAAAGCUACUUCUGAUUGGGCUAAAAAAAGAUGAUGUGACAUUGAGGACAGUAUUCAAGGAAUGCUAUGUUCAGGAGCCUGUGCAGGCAGCAGUGCAAAUCACAUCAUCCAUGUUACUGUACUCUACCAGGAAAGAAUUACUACAACUCCACUUUAACUCCCAGGAGUCAGACCGGGAGAUAAUAUCGGAUAGUUUUUCAUUAUAUGAUCUUGGAAUUACGCAAGUGGUGGCACUUUCUGAGAUGUACUAUGACCGAAGUGAAGAUGACGCAAACAUUGGAAACGUUUUUGUGCUUACAUCCGGAGGGAAGAUUGGGAAUGUCCAGAAUCCUGAUGGAAUAGUGAGCACAACCUGUCCUGAUUCAGCUGGUUCAACAGGGGAAAAAAUUCAAGGGCUACUGUUAGCCAUUAAUAACCUAGCAGCAGAGAUGGAGGCAAUUAAAAAUAACUCUCACAUACAUAAUACUAUACUACUUGAGUUAAAUAAAGCAUGCCAUGUUGCCAGUGAACUAACAUCACCCAAUAAAAUACAUUCCUCCUUACUAUGUGAUGCCAACUUACAGGUUGAUGCUCAGGGUACCAGCAAACAAUUGAGUGUCAUCUGCAGUGUAGCCAAUCAGAAUACAUUUACAAUGAGCUUUGGUUGGUCCUUCCAUAUUAUGAUAAUCGGAGAACACGAUUGGUUCUCACAUAGUAAUCAACCACAUGCUGUAAUAUGUAAAUCAAUUCCAUUGAGUGUAUUCCAUCCAGGUGAGAGACGAGAACUAAAGGUGAAUUUGACAGUUGCGAACAUCUGUCUUCCGAUUGACAUUACCUCAGCAGUUCAUUUUGAUGCUUCAAAUUUGGUAGAAAAACUUAAUCUGAAAGAAACCGUGGUAACAGAAAUUAAUCUCCAUAAUAGCAGUAUCAUCGUACCAGUAACCAGUUUGCACUUUGACAUACUCGAUGUUUUAAAACCAAUGACGUUGCCAGUAGCAGGGAACUCUUUCAAUACCACCACCACCGGUCUUUUUCAACCUAAAUAUGGUUCACCCAAGGCUAGUGCUGGAACAGUUGGCUGGAUGAUGGAGUCUCUACAGUCGCUUGCAAAAUUUAAACCGCCAGCUAAAGAACCUGUAAUAUCUGAUAAUCUGACAAUCAAUCUACGUUUCAAAACCAUUAAUAUUUGCCACUUAAUUGAUUCAAAAGAUGGCUUAAAUUAUGAAAAGUUUUUCCGGUGGCUUUUACCCUCCGCAACGAAUCACCUUCCAUCUGGAGCACUUACCAAUCAGGUAGCCAUGUCAGUGAUUAGCCCUGAAGGAUAUCAAGUGACGUUUACCUUGUCAAUCAAAGAAGAAACAACAAUCACGUUACAAACAAAGCACAUCCAGGCCGUAUGCCAAGUUGUGAUGGCAGUUCACUUGAAAAUGAAGAAUUGCUUACAAAGAAUUCAAAACCAAGAUUUCAUCUUAGAAGAGAUUCAUGAGAGGGUUAAAAAUCUGAAGGAAAUUUGUGACACACUUGAAGAAUACAAAUCUACAAGGCCAUCGAGUAGUAAUGUACAGGCUCCAAGUCAACACGAUAUCCAGGAAUUGAUGCAGAUAUAUAUAAAGGCCAGAAGUCACCUGACGUAAAAAACCUAAUUGCCAUUAUGUACUAAUGCACAUGCAUAGGUCAACAUGAGCUCCAUGAACUUAUUCAGGUAU